GGGUGGCAUUUAUGUAACGGACCAAUCUGGGACCGUAUAGUUUAGCUGAACAGCUCUGCUACAUCCAACACCACUUACGAGGAUUAAAGGAGUCUUUUCGGAGUUUUAAGAAUCAGAAUGUCCGAGGCCACGGAAACCCUCAAAGGCUAUGAAGAGCUGUUUGUUAAUAGGUUUACCUCCGAGGACCAAGAAUACCAGGAGUAUCUCAACCGACCCGCCGACCCCCCACCUAUUGUGGAAGACUGGAGGGGCCGGGCAGGAGGAAACCAGAGGGGCCGGGAUAACAGGUACAAUGAGCGUCGUGGGCAUGGAGACCGUGGGUGGAGGGGACACCAGGGCUGGAACAGGGACAAUCGCAGGCAACAUCACUGGCAAGACAGAGACAGAGGCUGGGGGCAUGGAAGUCAGUACAACCAAGGAUCCAACUCCUAUCAGGAGAGGCAGCAUUAUGAUCGCUACUGAGUUUUGCUUCUGUCAUCUGCAGGUUAUGACAGCAUUUAUACAGCAGUAGUUAAUAUCCUAAAUUCCUCUAUUAUGGCAAAAUGCAACCUUUUAUGUUUUCUUUGAAUUUUUAUUGUCUUCAAGUACUGUACAUCUUAUCUGACACUGGAUUUCAACACAUUUUUUUCUUACUGCUCAUUCCCAUAGUCAAAUGGUGUUUUUCUUUUUUGUGUUGAAAAAACAAUAUAAGGGACUUUUUUUUAGAUCUAUUUCAAUGCACUGAGGGGAAAUUAAAUCUGGCAAUUGUUGAAUAUGUGCAGACUGCUUUCAUGUUUUCCAUUGAAGUGUGUUACAGAGGUAUUGUCAUGUUCAGAUAUUUUUUUUCUCUGUAAAUGUUCUAAUUGAACACAUAGCUGUUGUAUGUUGCAGUGAAAUUGAUCUGAGCAGAUGCAUUUGUAAAAGUUUUUCUUUUUUUUGCAGCAGCCAUAGUGCAGAAAUUUGGACAUGUAUCAAUAAACAUGUAUUUUCUUAA